AUGGAGUCGAAUCCAGGAAACGCUGACGAUUUCCCUCAGGAAUGGUUUCGUGACGACGAAUUUCAUCUUGAGGAAGUUACUGAAGAAGCCUUCGAGUUUUUUUCAGACAAAAACACACAGCCUCCUGCUCCACCAGGUAACUAUCCCGCGGAUUCGCAACCCGCUCAAGCUGACGAUCGUCAGACUCAAACUGGGCCUUCAUAUGCACAAGCACAGUAUCCUGAAUCGCAUAUCUUGACAGAAUUGGCACCGGCUUCUACUAACCAGCCCUCCGCAUCUGCACCGCCUCUGGAGGCACCAACAGCGAGCGCUGCGGUUACUGCAGGAACUGACGAGGCAGCCGCUCAGGAGAGUGGAAAUGCGCGUGGAGGCAGGGGAAGAGGUGGUAGGCAGGCAACUCGCGCUAAAAGGGAGACAAAGACUGAAGCUGAGAAGGCAGAAGAAGAAAAGGCCAAGGCUAUUGCCAAGGCUGAAAGAGAAACGCGAGACGCAGACAACGCUUAUGACAGGGCCGAGGAUGAAGUCCAGAAGCUAAGGGAACGUCUGCAGAAGGCCGAGCAGAAGGCAGCCGAGAAACAGGCUGCGAAGGAGCAGAAGAAGGCCACGUUAGAUCGACUGAGGGAGGAAGAAGCUGCCGAGAACGCGCAGGGAGAAGCCCCGGGAAAUUCGCAGACAGAUACAAAGAAGAGACGUGGACGACCGCCGAAGGCAAAACCUGCGAACACUGGAGAAGAAACUCAACAGACGGUGAAGAAAAAGGAUCGCACUAAACGAGCGUGCAACCCCUGUAGGAAAGCGAAGAGCACCUGCGAUCAAAAUAUCCCGAAAUGCCACCGAUGCCUGACGAACAACCUCGACUGCAUUUACUUCGAUCCUUUCACCGAUAGGCCUCUCCGCAGAGGUCAGCUGGAGGAAACAGAGUCGGUACUACAACGGACGAUGAUGAGACUGGAGGAGACGAGGCGGAGACUGGCGACGAUUGUGGAAGAGAAUAACAGGCUCAGGGAAGAGAACCGUCAGCUGCGCCAGCAAACCUCAUAUCAGACGCCCUCUUAUCAGAAUCCGGUUACCAGCUACGGCAACACUGCUUUUACUCUUCCCACCGAGCCGACAUCUGGUCUUGAACCUGCCGAACAGACAGACAAUCCGCAACUUACUGGGCAGUUACUACCUUCUGGAUCAUCAACUGGUCAGCAUUACCAACCGCAGAGUCAUCCGCCGCUGUCACAGGCGCAAAUGAUUCCUUAUCCUCGCUUCGGGACAAGAAGAGGACUCCCAUCAUUUACUGGCGAUGACGACGACACUGAGCGAGCUCUUAAACGCCAAAGGCUUGACGAUAACAAUAAUGCUACUAGGUCGACGCAAGCGACAUCUACCGUCCCUCCAGCCCCUACUCCGAAUGCUCUUCAGCCUCAGCUUCAGCCUCAACCUCAGCGUCGGACACGGCCGAUGACUUGGCAGGAGGUGACACGAUCACAACUCGAGCAGAUGAGGAGGGAUGGCCGGUGGCCGCAGUCAUCGCAGUCACAGCAGAUACAACCGCAAGCGUUGUUGCAGCAGACGGGGCCUGCGCAGCAACAGCAAGUUCAACAACACCCGCAAUUUACCCUACCAGCGCAGCAGCAACAAGUUCAGCAACAAGUUCAACAACAACAAUUUGCGCCACUGGUUCAGUCGCUGCAUGCGGGAUGGGUCCAUACAAGUUCUCAGGACCCAUCGCCCUUUGCUAUACAACAACAGCAACAACAAUAUUAUCCUCAGCAGCCACAGCCACAGCCUCAGCCCCAGCAACAAUCCCAGAUACAGCCAGGGGGACAGGAGGAGGAGCAACAGUUCCAGCGAGCAGUGCAGUACCAGCGACAACUAGAGCUCCAAGAACGACUGCAGUUUCUGUAUCAACGACUGAUCCAGCGCGCGCAACGGGCACAGCAACAGACACAACAACAACAGGUCCAACAGGAGCCGCCAUCGGUGCAGCUACAACAACAGCCAGGGCAAGAGCCAGAGCAACUGCACCAGCACCUGCGACAGAUCCAGCGACAGGUACAGCAAGAAAUACAGCUGCACCAACAGCCCCAACUCCAGGAACAGCAACAGCAACAGCAGGAGCCAAAACUACAUCCAGAGCCACAACAAGCGCAACAGGAUCCACAGCUCCCGCACCAGAAAGAGCUCCCUCAACAGGAACAGCAAGAUGAGCAGAUGACCAAAGAAGAGCCUGAGUUGAACGUAGAGGACAUCUUGCACUCAGACGCCUUCCAGAACAACAACGACAAUGGAGAUACAGGUAACUUGUACGAUGCAGACUAG